CACCCAGACCUAGCCACCACUCUCUCCCGCACCGAACACACACCCAGACCUAGCCACCACCAUGGCAGCGCCGCCGCCGCCGCCGGCUCUCCCGGUGGAGCUCGUCCAAGAGAUCCUCGCCCGCCUCCCGCCCGACGACCCAGCCUGCCUCAUCCGUGCCUUCCUCGUCUGCAAGGCCUGGGGUUCCGCCGUCUCCCUCCCCAGCUUCCGACGCCGCCUCCACGACCUCCACGGAGCUCCCCCCUUGCUUGGCUUCCUUCCCAACUGGGCCAGCGAUAAUACCCCCAGCUUCACCCCCACCACCGCCUCGUCCUUCUCCCUCGACGCUCCGGACUGCCUCGCGUGGCGGGCCCUCGACUGCCGCCACGGCCGCGCCCUCUUCUUCUCCGCGAACCAGGACGCCAGGACGCUCCUUGUGUGGGAGCCAAUCACGGGCGCCCGGAAGCGCUUUCCGGUGCCGGCGGCGUUCGACCCCACAUGCGCUGAGAUGUUCCCGAGCCACCGCCCGGUUGCGGCGGUGUUGUGCGCAGCGGACGGGUGCGACCACCGCGGCUGCUUCGGGGGCCCUUUCCGCGUGGUCUUCCUCUUCGAGGAUGAGACUUGGUGUUUCAAUCGGGCGUGCGACUACUCAUCGGAGACUGGUGCCUGGGGCGAACCAACCCCGUUGCACACCAAGUUCUUCAUGGAAGUUACAGAGAAUUCCAGCUUGCUCCUUGGUACAUCCCUCUACUUCGCGGCCACCAACUCUUUUCUCGAGUAUGAUUCGGAAGGGCACGCCAUGACAGUCGUCACCAACUCUAUUCUGGAGUAUGAUUUGGAAGGGCACGCCAUGACAGUCGUCAGCCCACCAGACGACCGCGGUUCUCUAAAACUCAUGCUGACGGACGACGGUGGACUCGGAGUUAUUGUACAAUACUUUGGUACGGAUCUCAAACUGUGGAAAAGAGAGGCGAGUGACGGCACUGAUGCACGAUGGGUGCUGAGCCGGCUCAUUGACCUGUGCGAUUUGAUCCCAGCUAAUCUAGGUUUUAGAGUGCACCUGGGCAUCACUGAGGGAGCAAAUAUCAUUUUUGUUAACUCAGACGCUGCUGGCGUCUUUACAAUUGAGCUGCAAUCAGAGAAGGUGAGGAAGGCGUGUGACAAUUCUGGCUUGGGUCGUUUGGUUCCACUUGUCACCUUCUACACUCCUAUGCCCCGAAGCUACAACCAUAAUCUGCUCGUGUCGAAGCCUAGUGAGGAGGCAGGUGGUGAGGAGGGGGAGAAAACAAUAGAUCAGACACAGCGGCUGGUCGGCAAGGGGUCCAAUGCUAUCAAUGAGGAGGACGUUGUCAACACCUUCAAAUGCGUCAGCCACAACCACAAUAUCAGGGCUCCAGGCUAUGGGGAAGUGGCUCCGGCCUGUGCUAGCAUGUUUGACAAAUAUGGAUGUGCAUACAAAACUCAAGAGGUGAAUGAUUCUUUGGUUUCUGUCCACAAGAGUGCACCAAAUGAAGAAUUGGUGAAGGGUGCAACCAGGGAAAAUGAUGUCGGGGACUCAAAGACCUCUGGUAGCAGUGUUGAAGAUGCUGCUCCAUCUUCGGAGAAAGGUAAUUCUCAAUAAGUGCUUUGCUGAUGGUCAGUCCAGACGUUUCAUCAGUCAAAUCAUUCAGCGCUUUCAGUAGGAUAUCUUUCGUCUCUGCAGCUGGGAAGUAUGGUCGUUUUUCAUGGUAUUGUAGUUUAGGGUCCAGACGACAUGUAGGCACCAGAAGUGGCACCUGAAUGAUCUAGUAAGCGAAUGCUGCUGAAGACUUGCUACUGGGCGUCGGGAUUAAUUCCCUAGCUAUGAGUUGAAAAACUAUUUAUAGCUCCUAUGUGUACCUGAUAAUUUCUUCUUUGGAGUGGUGCGAUUCAAACUCUGUUUGUUGACAUGAUUCAGACUCUAUUUGUUGACAUGUUUCAUCAGUUGCAAGGAAACACUACUCGUUGUUUCUA